AAAGCGUUGUUUGGAGCCGUUGAACAAAGAGCUUUUCCCCUCUAUUGUUAACCAGCGGAGCGCCUGUUUUCUAACUGAUCCAAAGGUGGUUUCGGACUGUAAAAGUGAGGGGCGGCCUGUUCUCCAGCCAUGACCUCUGGGAAUGGGAACACUGACAGCAGCAAACAGAAUGGAGAGAACAAACCAGCCCAGGCCCUAGUCGGGUCCCACGUCCUCACCCAUCUAAUAGAGGGCUUUGUUAUCCAGGAGGGUGCUGAGCCUUUCCCUGUGGAACGUCCAUCUUUCUCAAUUGAGAGCCUCAGGAGACACACUGACUCAAAGAUGGAUGGUCUCUCACCAAAGGAGUUAAAGGCCCAGCAGGAGCCCAUGCUGACCUGUGAACUAUGUGGCAGAGUGGACUUUGCCUACAUCUUCAAAAGAUCAAAGAGGUUCUGUUCUACAGUGUGUGCCAAACGCUACAAUGUGGGAUGCACUAAGAGAAUGGGUCUCUUCCCAAACCGCAAAACCACCUUAGAGAACAUGAAGAAACAAAGAGCACUGAACAGAAACCACAAAAACUCCCAUUUAGAGUCUAAAAGAAAGACGCCUGCUGCUGUUGCUCUGUUCUCUGGUCACUCGGUCUAUCCUGCACAAGGAGGGUCCAGUCAGUGUUCAGACCUGUCCAGCUACAAGAGACCCACAUCCCCUCUGUUGGCUGGUCAGCGGGUACCUGUGGUGCAUGGCUCUGAGCUGCCCCACAGCUUCCUGCCCAGUGACCCCGGCCAGUGGAACGUGGAGGACGUCUACGUGUUCAUCUGCUCUCUGCCAGGUUGUCUGGAGAUCGCUGAGGAGUUUCGCUCUCAGGAGAUAGAUGGACAGGCCCUGCUGCUGCUGAAGGAGGACCAUCUCAUGGGAACCAUGAACAUCAAACUCGGCCCUGCACUCAAGAUCUUUGCCCAGAUUAGCAUGCUCAAAGACUCGUAGCCCAGCUCACUCCUCACACACACACACACACACACACACACACACUCACACUCACACUCACACUCACACACACA